AACCGAGGCGCAUGCAAAACCCUCAUAAUUCUGUCCUCUCUGACCCACGCAACCUAUCCCAUGCCUGGUGUUUUUUUAAGUUUCGGAUUCCAACAUUACGCAUGAACCCUCUCCCUUCCCCCAUGCCUUUACUUUUCUUUUAAUUUACCACCUCCGCCAUCGCCUUGUCUGGCAUUCUGAUUGUCUGGUUGAUUGGGUAUUUUGGGGAUGAUAUUACGAGUAGGCAAUUCGGCGAUUCGGCUCCACUCGAACUCGAUGCAUUUAAUGCAAUUACCUUGAUUUCCCGGGGGCAGUUUAUUAACGACGAAGGUCAUUUUCGUCCAAUAAUACCGUUUAUAAGGUCUGCUCCAUUUUUUUUUCUUGCACAGCGGAGAGAGCUAAGCCGAAGUUGUCGAACCACUGUAAGCAAACAGCAAGAGAUGAAGGUGAGGGUUUCUGUCUAAUAUCUUUGGUUCUGUCCAUGCUUUUCCUGCUGAAAUUCCGAAGGAAAAGGAGAGAUAGAGCUUUAGGGAAUCGCCAUGGCUGAAAUCUUUUAUUAAGUCAUGAAUUUUCAGUUCGUUUCAGCAGGGAGGUCCAACACAUAAAAUCGGUCUUCCUAGUAUUUAUUCCUUGGCUGUUGUAUUAUUGUGCAGGGAAAGCCUUCCUUUUCGUAUUUUUAGGUCCUAGGAAUUUAGGAUGUUUCAAAGAUUAGGAACCAUAUACUGAAGUCGACGGAGGAACCCCUCGAAAAGAUGAAGAUCGCUUCUGCGGGUUCCCUCUCUUAGAAGAGUGUGAACAAGAUCGUGAAACCGCUCGUACGAGCAAGGUUCCGUCGUUGAUGCUGCUUUCGUGUCUGUUCUUUCUGUUUGCCUGAAGGAACAACGAAAGGAAGCUCGGAUCUUGAGAAAUCUCUGGUUCCAAUUCUUAUUUGAAGUUUUAAAUGUCAAGAAAGUAGCGUUUCUGAACGCAUUCUGCGGGGACAACCAAGUUCAGCUCGGUUCUGGGGUCACGAAGGGAAUCGGAGCAUCGACGCAUUCGAAUUGUGUCGACCCGUCGGAAAAGAACUAACUUCGAUCUCGAGGAAUAUCUGGUGUGAAAGUUCCUCCACUUCCCUCUUCCCUCUUGUUUAUUUUGAUUUUCUCGUUAGCUUCGGAAGACGGGAAGGAAAAAAAAGAUAUUAGACGGAAUGCUUUUUUCGACUUUGUUCUAACGAGGUUUAAAAGAGGAAGAGGAUAGCGUAUUAUACAGUUUCGGGCUUGAGCGGUUGAGCCUGCGAGUCUCAACUUCUUCGGUGGAUAUAAAAGCCUCAGAGCCUAACACGGUUGUGAGAGGCUGGAGAGGAGUUCGUUUGAGGUGGUUUACCGCUCCGAUCUCGAAAGAUCUAUGUUUUCUUGUGUUCACCGCUGCCUCAUAGUGAAGAAAGAAGGACAACGACGUUUUAGUUUGGGGAACACCAACUGUAUUUCUUAUUUAUUUUUGUUUCCCUUCGCCCGAGCGCUUCGAGAUUGUUAGAGAAGAAGACUUGGAAGUUAGAGACUCUUUGAAGCAUUUCCUUCUUCAAUGUUUCCUUUGACUUCUGGAGGAGAGGUAAGUAUUAAGCCGAGUGAGAACUUUGUAUCAAUGCCAGAGGAGCUUAAACUGCCAACCCCACCUCUUGCUUGCUGAUUAUUUGAAUCUUGAGAGCGGUCGAGAAUUGCUUCUUGUGAUCUCAGAGUCUCAAUUCUUGCUAGUCGAGCACCUCAAACUAGUGGUUUGCUUCUGCUAUUUUAUCAUCUUUAAUUGUGAAGUUAUGAUGGCUGUUACGGCGUCCUGCAAGGAUGGUAAAGGUGGAAUGGAAAAUGGAAAGUAUGUCCGUUACACACCUGAGCAGGUCGAAGCGCUUGAAAGGCUCUAUCAUGAAUGUCCAAAACCUAGUUCCAUUCGUCGGCAACAGCUGAUCCGAGAGUGCCCGAUUCUCUCCAACAUUGAGCCUAAGCAGAUAAAAGUCUGGUUCCAGAAUCGAAGAUGUAGAGAGAAGCAAAGAAAGGAGGCUUCGCGCCUCCAAGCUGUAAAUAGGAAGCUGACGGCUAUGAACAAGCUCUUAAUGGAGGAGAACGACAGGUUGCAGAAGCAGGUUUCGCAGCUGGUGUAUGAGAAUGGUUACUUCCGCCAACAGACUCAGAGUACGGCCCUUGCCACCACGGAUACGAGUUGUGAAUCAGUGGUGACCAGCGGCCAACACCAUUUAACGCCUCAGCAUCCGCCAAGGGACGCUAGUCCUGCAGGACUUUUGUCCAUUGCGGAGGAGACAUUAACAGAGUUUCUUUCGAAGGCCACUGGAACUGCCGUGGAGUGGGUCCAAAUGCCUGGGAUGAAGCCUGGUCCGGAUUCCAUUGGAAUCGUUGCUAUUUCUCAUGGUUGCACUGGUGUGGCAGCACGAGCCUGUGGCCUGGUGGGCCUUGAGCCUACCAGGGUUGCAGAAAUCCUCAAAGAUCGGCCUUCAUGGUUCCGUGAUUGCCGAGCUGUGGAUGUCCUCAAUGUGCUGCCCACUGGAAAUGGUGGAACCAUUGAGCUGCUCUAUAUGCAGCUGUAUGCACCAACAACUUUGGCUCCUGCUCGUGACUUCUGGUUGUUGCGCUACACUUCUGUUUUGGAGGAUGGUAGUCUUGUGGUCUGUGAAAGAUCACUUAGCAACACUCAGGGUGGUCCAAGCAUGCCUACAGUGCAAAAUUUUGUGAGGGGAGAAAUGCUACCAAGUGGGUAUUUGAUAAGACCAUGUGAAGGGGGUGGAUCAAUAAUACAUAUUGUUGAUCAUAUGGAUUUAGAGCCAUGGAGUGUACCUGAAGUGUUGCGCCCACUUUAUGAAUCAUCAACUGUGCUUGCUCAAAAGACAACAAUGGCGGCUUUACGCCACCUGAGGCAAAUUGCUCAAGAAGUUUCUCAGUCAACUGUCACUGGUUGGGGUAGAAGGCCAGCAGCUCUACGAGCGCUUAGCCAGAGACUUAGCAGGGGUUUCAACGAAGCUCUUAAUGGUUUUACUGAUGAGGGAUGGUCCAUGAUGGGAAAUGAUGGCAUGGAUGAUGUAACCAUCCUUGUAAACUCCUCGCCUAGCAAAGUAAUGGGUGUCAACCUUACCUUUGGUAGUGGAUUUCCAGCUAUGAACAAUUCUGUCCUAUGUGCAAAGGCAUCCAUGCUCUUACAGAAUGUGCCUCCCGCGAUACUUCUCAGAUUCCUGCGAGAGCACCGAUCAGAAUGGGCUGACAGUAAUAUUGAUGCUUAUUCAGCUGCUUCACUGAAAGCUGGCCCUUGUAGCUUACCAGGAUCUCGUCUUGGAAGUUUUGGUGGCCAGGUUAUUCUUCCAUUGGCUCACACAAUUGAGCAUGAAGAGUUCUUGGAGGUAAUUAAAUUGGAAAGUAUUGGACAUUGUCAGGAGGAUCCAAUGAUGCCGAGAGACAUGUUUCUUUUGCAACUAUGCAGUGGUGUUGAUGAGAAUGCUGUUGGCACUUGCGCUGAACUCAUUUUUGCUCCCAUUGAUGCCUCUUUUGCUGAUGAUGCGCCCCUUCUACCUUCUGGUUUCCGGAUUAUUCCUCUUGACACAGGGGUGGAUGCUUCAAGUCCAAAUCGCACACUAGACCUUGCUUCUGCUCUUGAGGUUGGGACUGCUGGUAAUCGAAUAUCUGGUGAUUAUUCUGGCAACACUGGAAACAUGAGAUCUGUGAUGACAAUAGCAUUUCAAUUUGCAUUUGAGAGUCACUUGCAAGAAAAUGUAGCAUCCAUGGCUCGACAAUAUGUUCGCAGCAUUAUAUCUUCUGUUCAGAGAGUGGCUCUGGCACUUUCACCUUCUCGUCUAAGUUCUCAUUCUGGGCUUCGGCCUCCACCAGGCACUCCUGAAGCACACACCCUUGCUCGUUGGAUCUGCCAUAGCUAUAGGAACUUUUUGGGUGUGGAACUACUAAAACCCAGCAGUGAAGGAAGUGAAUCCAUUCUUAAAACUCUUUGGCAUCACCAGGAUGCUAUCAUGUGUUGCUCUUUGAAGGCACUGCCAGUUUUUACCUUUGCAAAUCAGGUAGGUCUGGACAUGCUCGAGACAACCUUAGUUGCAUUGCAAGACAUUACUCUGGAGAAGAUAUUUGAUGAUCAUGGACGAAAGACGCUCUGCUCAGAGUUCCCACAGAUAAUGCAGCAGGGGUUUGCAUGCCUCCAAGGUGGUAUUUGCCUAUCAAGCAUGGGCAGGCCAGUCUCCUACGAAAGAGCCGUAGCCUGGAAGGUGUUGAAUGAAGAGGAAAACGCUCACUGCAUAUGCUUUUUGUUUGUUAACUGGUCUUUUGUCUGAGGUUCAACGUCCCAAUCAGAGCAUCGGACAGGAAGAACGAGUAAAAGAAAACAGAACUUCUUUUACUUUUCCUUUUGUUAUCAUCUCUCCCGCUUUUCCUUUCUGGAAUGGAGACACUGGAAUGCCUCGGUAAUGUUUAGUGAACCUCGGAGGUUAAUUCUGGGCCCUACUUUUGUUAUCAUAGAUUUUGAGAUUGUGCUUGAAUCUAUUGGGUCAUGUGCCUCUCUGCUUCGCUGCCUGUUCUGUGACUCGAGGUUCAUCUGGGUGAAACCCGGAUGGUUAGACAUACGUAUAUGCUCACUCGUUGGCCAAAUUCUGUGAUGUGGCAAUCUCUCUCCUGCUUUGAGUGCGCUAUAGUGUUUGCUGAUUCCCGGGCCAAACCUCUCCCAUAUUCCUGUCAUCUUUUGUAGCCCAACAUUUCAUUUGCGAGGUCAUAUAUCUGAGCAGCUACAUUAAAAGUUCAAUCUGGUUGGAUGAAUGGAGCUUACGUGAAAUGGAGGGAUUGGAACAACAAUGGGAGAUUCCUAGAGGUUGGCUUACUCCAGCAACCCAACGGAUUGAACAUUCAUAUUGUACCUUUCUGGUACUUGGGCUGUGCUUUGUUAUCUGGGUUGCAUAGCCGUAGGGUUCCCGUAUACAAGUUGUCCAUGCACGAUUGUCACAAGUUCUUUGAUCAAUCCAAACUUGGGUCGAUGCUUUUACAUUUCAGACGUAA